AUGAUUUAUGUUGGUAUUCGACCCAUCACUUUAAGUGAAAUCUAUGGCCAGCACAUUAUUGGUCCAGAGGGAGUCCUAAACCAUAAUAUCUGUAUUCAAGAUACAAUCAAUACAAUUGAGUACCAUGAACAACCAUCUUUGAUUCCAAAAAAUGAUUCUAAAGAAUUUAUCAGGCCUGAAUUGAACAGAAGAUGUGUUGAGGUGAUUUGUUCCGAAGAUACUGAUAUAAGGGGAUACCAAGAAAUUGAUGCCACGACAGGUAGAUAUAUUAUCAAAAUUCGCAGAAGAUGUCACUCUGCAGAUGCAAUAUUAUCACAUGCUGAUGAACAGUACAAAUAUAGUGAAGCAUUAGAGUCUGGAUAUCUGGUUCAUGAAGAUAUAUUAGGAGAAAUUGAUGCCAAUGAUGUGAAAAAAGAGGAAGUAAAGACACAUGCUACUGGAGCAGAACAACUUGUAAUAGUCACACCAAAAAGGUUCAAAGAAGGAGAUGAGCAACUUAUUCCAAGAAAUUGUGCAAUCGUAUCUGGAAAUGAUUUUGCCAAUUUAUUAUUAUUUAUGCAGAUCUUGUUUCUAGGAUUGCAGCAGAGAUACUUGAUGACUGAUCAAAGGACAGAGGAAUUAAAGAUCUUUAUCAUCUACUGUGGUAUACAUUUCAAAAAGAUAAUAAUUUUUUAUGUUAAAUGCUAA